UUUGAAAAAAGUGAAAACAUUCCACAUUAUCAUCAGACAAAAACGCCAAAACGAGAAUACUGAGCAUUUAAGCAGUUGUGUAACAGUAGUGAGGCUGUCAGAAAGACCUCCAGGUGGUAAGACAUUAUAAACUAACAUGUGUGACAUACUUGCUGGUGCCAUGACAGGCAACACGGAUCAGUCAGCCAAUAUGGUACUUGAAUUCAUGAUUUCUGAUGUCAGAACAGGUCAGCCGACUAUUGAAAACAUGCCCGAAACCCUCGCUACACCAUUCCCAACAUCGUGUCCCAUAGAGAACCCACACUGUGUCAAAGUAGAGGACUGUGAGUCUCCUUCUACAAGCAGCAUGGUGAACUCCACUAUAGUACAGACAUCUGCCAUGUGGUCUCCUAGCUAUGUGGGAAGAAGAAAAGAUAAACCCACUUGCAGCUGGUCAAAGAAAGAGGUUCUUGCAUUGUUGACAUACUGGGCAAAUCCUGCCGUUCAGGAAGAGCUUCUACGCAAUGUGAGAAAUAAUGCAGUUUACAACAGCCUCAGUGCGAAGUUGGCAUCACAUGGAUUUAACAAAACAGCACAGAAGUGCAAGGAGAAAAUAAAAAAACUAAAGCAGGACUACAGGAGAAUUAAGAACAGUGAUCACCUGGAUGGAGGAAAGACUAUCUGGUUUGACAUUAUUGAUGAAGUACUCAGUUCUCAGGCCACAACAUCAGUACCUUCAAGAACUGCAAAGUCUUCCUCAGCUAAGACCACUCAGUCAGUUGUGUUGGAUAUGAAGACUGAAGACAAAACAUCUAAAAUCAGCAUUCCUGAAACCCAGACACUUUGUUCCACUGAGAACCCAGACGAACCAGAUUUUUACUUUGUUACGGUCGAGGACUGUGGUACUCCCUCUACAAGCACUGCGACCACCUCCACAGCACCGCAGACAUCAAUCACGUGGUCGCCUGUCCAUGUGGAGAGGAGAAAAUAUGAGCACACUUGUAGUUGGUCAAAAAAAGAGGUCCACGCAUUGUUGGCUUACUGGGCAAAUCCCGCUGUUCAGGAAGAGCUUCUCCGAAAUGUGAGAAAUAACACAGUUUACAGCAGCCUCAGCGCCAAACUGGCAUCACUUGGAUUUAACAAAUCAGCACAGAAGUGCAAAGAGAAAAUUAAAAAACUCAAGCAGGAUUACAGGAGGAUAAAAAACAGUAAACACAUGGGUUGCAGGACUGCAUGGUUUGGCAUCAUGGAUGAAAUCCUAAGUUCUCAGGCUACAGCAUCAAAACAUUUAAAAACAACAAAAUCUUUCUCAGCUGAGUCCACUCAGGCAUUUGUGUUGGAUGUGGAUGCUGAUGAUGAAACACUGUGGUUGCCUGAUGAAGUCCAAGUGCUCGUAACUCUUUGGGCACAACCAAACAUCCAGAAGCAGCUUCUCACCUCAGCGGCAAACAAUCAAGUAUUCACGUACCUCAGCAAUGAGCUGGCUUUGGUGGGUUUUAACAAGACGCCACAGCAAUGCAAUCUUAAAGUAAAUAAGCUUAAAGAGGAAUACAAAAAAAUCAAAGAAGAUGAACCACAUGGGGAUGAUGAAAGCGAUUGGUUUGCUGUUAUGGAUACUGUCCUCGGCUCAAAUGGAAAGGCUUCUAAAGAGAUGGAUUUAUCUGUCAUCCUUACUACACCUAAAUCACCCGAAGCAGAUUCCUCCCAAACUGUUUGGACCUCAGAUGAAGUCAACGUGUUACUCACACGAUGGGCAGUGGAAAGCAUCCAGAAGCAGCUGAGAUCAACUCAGGAAGAUGAGAGAGUGUACGCCCAGCUAAGCUCAGAGCUCGCCACUCAAGGCUUCGAUAAGACCACCAGCCAGUGCAGGGCAAAAAUAAGACUCCUGAAACAAGAGUAUGAAAGGAUUAAGGAACAGAAAGACUCCAAAAUGCAUAAAAGCAGGUGGUUUGCCAUCAUGGAUAAAGUCCUCAGUCACAGCAAGCCAAAGACUAAAACUAAACUAGCAGCUAACGUCACAGAGAUGGAGCCUGCAUCUCGACAAGCAUCACAAGACCUACCUUCUGCACCAGUAGAAGGUUGCCACUUGUCCGUCCCCUCGUUGUGCCUCCUGGUUCCAACCCUGCGGUUGAUGUGUGCCUUUGCCUGGCAGGUGGUCCAGUGUUGUAAUGUGCAGCAUUACAGAAAAGUGGAGGAGUUGGUGGAGUUGGUGACGGAGUUGGCUCCAGAGCUGCUGACACCCAGAGAAAGAGUGCAGCUCCUGCUGAGACUGAGGGCGAGGCUUGUGCUUGAGUUGUGUCGCAGUCAAGGCACAGCUAACCUGCUGAAUGUCGAGCCUCACCUGAGGGUUAUUCAAAGCCUCACGAUAGGCUCCAGCUGUGGUCAGGAGGAGCUGGAGGAGCUGGAAAGUUCAAAGUCGAACUUUGUGGAAGUUGUUCAUGCUUUGCUUAAAGACACAGAAGAAAGGAGGAGAUUUUUCAUGGAAGUCUUCCCCAUUCACUACGGUCAUCAGUAUGAAGUCACAUUGCACUCACUCGUGUGGAAAUUCAUUUCCAGACUGGACAGUCUGUUGCCCAUCCCUGAUAUAAAACAGACAGCAGAAUGGCUCAGCACCUCCCCUUCUGUAAUGGAGGAAUGUGGACAACUGGUUUUGCAGCCAGAGCAGCUGAAAGUACUGCUGCACUUCCACGAGCAACAGUCGGGAAACACGAACCGAGGCUUCUCUCGAGCUCAGAACAUGUUUUUGCCUGAACUGUCUCUUCACCCCAAAGCAAACCCAAACAGUCUUUCUUCAGAGCAACAACAAGCAUCUACCAUCGAUGGUGAUGGUGGACGGUAUGAUUAUAGCAAGGGUGAAGAACUAUUUGAGGAAAACCAAACUGAUGACAAACCAAGUCUGGAGGACUUUGGCAAAGGAAAUGAAGACCUGAUAGACGACCAAUGUGAAGGCACGAUUGUAAACUCCUUAAGUUUAGAUCAUGCACCUUUACAGAAGCAUCCCUGUGCUAUGUGUUCCUACACAGACAGCCAAGUGUCAGGACUUCUUAAGCACAUCAGAGAGGAGCAUCUCAUCCAGGACUCCAUUCCCUCAGAAGAAUCAGGAGGAGACGACUUGCUUCAAAUUGUUGAUGCUGAAAUGUGCUUUCAGGACCAAGCGGAGGCUCAUGAGUACAACAUGGAGCUCUUCCAGGAUGUAGCAACCUCUAACAGCCACAUUAAAACAGACGACCAUUUAUUCCAAUGCGAUAAGUGUGAUAAAAAGUACGCCUCCAAGGCGUCGCUGAUAGUGCAUUAUCGGAUUCACACAGGUGAGGCUCCGUUUCUGUGUUCGCACUGCGGCCAAAGUUUCAGAUCUUCAUCCAACCUGGAGUUACACCUCCGUAUACACACAGGAGAACGUCCCUACAAAUGUCACAUUUGUGGAAAGACUUCAAUCCAGCAUCUGGCGCGGCACAUGCGCAUGCACAGAGGGGAAAAGAACUACCUGUGUACAGAGUGUGGGAAGGCUUUUCUCUCCUCUGGGGAGUUAAAGUUACACAUGCGCUACCACACAGGCGAGAGGCCUUACACGUGCAAACACUGCGGGAAAGGCUUCAUCGCGAAGUGCCAUUUGACAGUUCACACACGACAACAUACGGGAGAGAGUCCGUACAGGUGCUCCAUGUGUCCAAAAUCUUUUCCCACUUUGAGAGCGCAGAAAAAGCACCUGAAGAUCCACACGAACAAGAAGUCUUUCCAGUGUUUGAAAUGUGGGAAAAUAUUCAGGCAGGAGGAUACUUUCAAACUGCAUGUUGAAACACAUGAUUUAAUAUGAACUCAUUUUUAUUUUUACAUUUCAGUGUUCAGCAUGAGUCUAAAGAGCAACAAACAGCAACAGUUAGCAAUACAGUUAUUAUAAUUUCCCUUUAGGAUUAAUAAAUUAUUUUUCAUUUCAUUUACAUAUACAGUCAGUUCAAUGUAUGACACUAUAGGAAGUCAAAAUAAAAAUAAAAAAAAUAACCGUUUUCUUUUAUAUUUUCCUUCUUAUUUUAUUAUCUAUGUAAUCAGAUUACUAUGAUAUUUGGGAGUUUAAAAAGAUGUUUGAACAUUUGAACUCAUGACAAACGAUUCUCAGCUGUUGACAGAUUAGUUUUGCAGGAUGGGGCCUUGUCGUUGACCAUUUCAUUAAAGUUCAUCAUAAAUUUUUCUCCAUUUGCUAGCCAUGCCACGGAGCUGAGAUGUAUUUCCCAAUGAAGAGUUUGAAUAUUAUUUGUUCUUUAGCAAGAUGCAAAUGACUUCAUUAUCAACAAAACUACAUUAAAUGGAUUGAAUGAGAAACAUGUCCAAUAUUUCAGUGUGCGUGUAGUUUCUGUGGAGGUGAUGAUCUUCCCUGCUUCUGCCAAAUGUAGAUUUGUGAGUCAUCACUUUAUAUCACUUUCAUCUGCUCAUCCACAGUGGCAGACUGCCUCUUUUUAACCCGCUAACCUCUGCUUACUUGUUCAAAUGUAGCUUUUCUGUCCGUUAAUUCAGUUUCUUAGACUUAUUUCUUGGUCACAAACAGUUUGUCCUUGUGUUUUUCCAUCUCUCGCUGUGCAUUGCGU